GCCAUAACAACCCGCAUCCGCAGGGAUGACUAACACCGAUAUCACCGUGUCGGGCUGACCGGCUGCCAAGACGGCCGCAGUGCGAUGUUCUGCCGACUCUUCGGGAGUACUAUAAAGUAUUUCAAAAAGUGCUGCUUUCUCGUCUCUUCUCGGUAUCAUCGGUUCAUCCUCAGAUUCUUUUGUUUCAAAAGCCACAUCAUCCAAGCAGGAUGCAUCUCAUCCUAACAGGCGCCACAGGCAUGGUCGGCACCACGGUGCUCGACGCCAUGCUCAAGACAACCGACAUCUCCAAAAUCUCCAUCCUCAGUCGCCGGCCAGUGCAAUUAGCUGAAGAUGCCAAGGACCCCCGGGUCAACGUCAUCAUCCACAAGGACUUUUCCUCGUACAGUCCCGAGGUCCUCAGCCAACUCCAAGACGCGGACGGUUGUGUCUGGGCCCUUGGUAUUAGCCAAACACAAGUGAACAAAGAGGACUACAUCACCAUCACCAAAACCUACCCAUUGGCCUUUGCGUCGGCUUUCCAACCGGCCUUGAGAGCGACCAACAAGCCAUUCAAUUUUGUCUAUGUCUCCGGCCAAGGUGCAACCUUCCAGCCGGGGCUCUUCACCCCCAUCUUCGGCAAAACAAAAGGCGAGACAGAACUGGCAUUGGCUGAUGUCAGGAAAAAAAACCCGCUGUUUCGUGCAAGCACCGUCCGUCCUGGGUUUAUCGAUUGGCUCGACCAGGACAAGAGCAUUACCAAGUACAUGCCACCUCUGGGGCUUGCGAGGACGGGGUUGGGGCAUGCGCUGCACCCUGUCUUCAAGUUUGGAAUGAGAGGCAACUGGUCUCCAACAGAGCCGCUGGGUGGGUUUCUCACCGGUCUUGCGAUGGGCAAGUGGAAUGAGGGAUUGAAGACGUUGAAAGGUGACGAGGGGCAGGUGCUGGAAGGAGGAUUCCCUGUUGUGGAAAAUAACUUCUUUAGAAGGGCGAUGGGACUGCCCAGGUAGACCAGUAUGAGAGAGCAGAUGACAUGGUACGAUGUGUAUUUAAGCACAACAGAAGGACAAAGAUGGGUAAUACUCACACAAUCGC